CCUUCCUGAUCAGCAGCUGCUGUCAGAACGAAGCUCUUUGCAAAAAGCCUGAAAGAGGAACCCUGGCUGAGCGCUCUCUCUUUCUUUUUCUCUCCUUCAUUCCUUCUUUCUUCCUCUCUUUUUCUUCUCUUCCUUUACAGCUUGGGAAAGGCAGCCUUCCUUGGCUGGGGGAGUAUUCUGUUUUGCAGCAGGGAGAGGGCACCAGAUUGCCAAGCCCAAUUGCCUUGCCUCUGCUCCCUGCCUCCUCCUCUUGCCUGGCAGUAAGGAGACCAACUUUGGGCACCCGAUCAAAAAAGUGACGCUGCAGAAGGUGGUGGGGGAAAGGCUUGGUCUCUCUUUGGAGAAGGUUUUGCCCUCCUGGUUGCCCUUCCCGAUCUUCUAUGCCCCUUUUGGUUUUCUCCUUUCAGGCAGGCUGACCGAAGAGAGGAGAUGCCCACCUGGCACCUUUGACCCUCACCUGGCCUCUUGGGCUCUUGCUGAAGUGGCCAAGGGAUCUCUCUGCUCUUGCACCACAAAGGCUGGCCACCAGGACUUGCAGGACUCCAGACCAUGAGUGGAAGAGGCUUCCUGACCUUCUUCUCCGACCCAUCCCUUGCCCUUGGGAGGCAUCAAACUUUCACCUUCUACUGACAUCCAUCUCCUUUUUCCCUCUGGGCGACUGGAGGCUCUGCAGUUCAAAGGACCCACAGAAAGGUUUUGCACCAGAGACAACCUUGCCGGACAGGUUUCCAGUCUCUGGUCACAGAGGUGGACAGGUUGGGGUGGCACCAAAGAGAUGGGCAGCACUGCCAUGGACACCAAAAAGAAGAAAGAUGCUUCUUCCAGCAGCAGCAGCAAGAAAAGUUGCAGCCAGAAGAAGCGCAUGUUGCGAGUCCACAUCCCGGAUCUCAGCUCAUUUGCCAUGCCAUUCCUGGAUGGAGAUGUGGACAAUUCAGAGAAACAUGCCUCACGAAAGGCAGAAGACAACUACACCACAGGCAGCCCUUCCAAAGGACUUUUCUCAAAGGGGCUACAGAACCGGCCUUCCAGCCCGGCCUCUGCCCCUGUCAAAUCCAAACACAGUCCGGGUUCACCCAAAACUGUGUUCCCUUUCCCGUACCAGGAGUCGCCACCUCGUUCCCCGCGCCGCAUGAGCUUCAGUGGAAUCUUCCGUUCCUCCUCCAAGGACUCUUCCUCCCCUGGCUCUAAUCCAUCUACCUCCCCUGGUGGGAUCAAGUUCUUCUCCAGAUCAAGAAAAACCUCUGGCCUUUCCUCUUCUCCAUCAACCCCAACGCAAGUGACCAAACAGCCAACGUUUCCUCUGGAAUCCUACAAACAUGAACCCGAAAGGCUAGAAACACGGAUCUACACAUCCUCUUCUCCCCCGGAUACAGGCCAGAGAUUCUGCUUGCCCCAAGGACAAAGCAUGGCCAAGCCCCACAUGCCAGCAUCCACGCCGUGUGCUACCUCAAAAACAGCAGCUCCGCCUCAGAGCCCCGACGCCUCCUCCUCCGAAGGGAUGCUGGAGAAACUGGAGCUCGACGGCGAAGCUGUUGGAGAGUCAGAGAGUGACAUCUACAUGCUUAUGAGGUCGCACAUUUAUGAUAUGGUUCCAACAAGUUCCAAGCUGUGUUUUGACACUACGCUACAGGUAAAGAAGGCUUUCUUUGCCUUGGUGGCAAAUGGUGUUCGAGCAGCUCCACUGUGGGAGAGUAAAAAACAAAGUUUUGUAGGAAUGUUGACUAUUACAGAUUUCAUUAAUAUAUUGCAUAGAUACUACAAGUCUCCAAUGGUACAAAUCUAUGAAUUAGAGGAACACAAGAUUGAAACAUGGAGGGAGCUUUAUUUACAAGAAACCUUUAAGCCUUUAGUGAAUAUUUCACCAGAUGCAAGCCUUUUUGAUGCUGUAUAUUCACUGAUCAAAAACAAAAUCCAUAGAUUGCCAGUUAUUGACCCUGUGAGUGGAAAUGCACUUUAUAUACUUACCCAUAAAAGAAUACUCAAGUUUCUUCAGCUUUUUGUGUCAGAAAUGCCAAAGCCUGCUUUUAUGAAGAAAAAUCUGGAUGAACUUGGGAUAGGAACAUACCAUAAUAUCGCCUUUAUACACCCAGACACUCCUAUCAUUAAAGCUUUGAAUAUAUUUGUAGAUAGAAGGAUAUCGGCACUACCUGUUGUGGAUGAGUCAGGAAAAGUUGUAGAUAUUUAUUCCAAAUUUGAUGUAAUAAAUCUUGCUGCUGAAAAAACAUAUAAUAACUUAGAUAUCACAGUGACACAAGCCCUCCAACACCGCUCUCAGUAUUUUGAAGGUGUUGUAAAAUGCAGUAAGCUGGAAACACUGGAGACCAUUGUGGAUCGGAUAGUUAAAGCUGAGGUUCAUAGGUUGGUGGUGGUGAAUGAAGCAGAUAGUAUUGUUGGUAUAAUCUCCCUCUCUGACAUCCUGCAAGCGUUAGUGCUCACUCCCGCAGGUGCCAUACAGAAGGAAAGUGAAGCUGAAUGAUUGCUGUGAACAUACAUACUUUUGUAGAAGAACUUGGAUGAAGUUACUGGGUAAUAUUUGCCUGGAAAACACAGAGGGUGAUAGAGAAGAGUCAAACAGUGAUGAGAAUGUAUGUGUCUUGGACUAUGUGAUGGGUAGCUAGUCUAUUAUUUCCCAGUGACUGUCUCAAAGAAGCAGCAUGACAAAAAGCUUUAUAGGCUUGCAUUUCAAAAUGUUCGCUGAAAGACUUUACAUGAUGUCCAUCAGAAAUGCACUGUAUCCUGAAACAAUACCUUUUUCUGUAUUUGAUAGAAGUCACUGGUCAGCAGCAGAUCUCUGACAUAAGGCAAGUGUAUGGCAUAUUCAUAUCAUAGUGCCUUAUGUCAAAAAGCCAACAAUAUGUCAUCACUGUUACCCAUCACAAUGAGAGGAAGUAUUGUGUGAAACAAGAUACUGUAUUUGAAUAUUCAAGUGGCUAAAUUUAAAACCAAAUCAGUUAUUAGUUUUGUCAUAAAAGUUGUACUUUGAAUAUCAGUAGAUUACUUUAAAACUUUAAUGACAAUUUUUGUGUGUUUAUAAAUGUUGCAUCGUGAGGAAAGAUGGUAAAGUAAGACAGACCUAAACCAGCUUUAUUUAUUUUUAUUUUUGGCAAUUUUUUACACAUCUUUGGUGGGUGGCUAAAACUUCACCAUAUUCAUUAAUAAAACAUUGAUUGUUAUAUAAGGAUCCAGUUCUCUCAUUACUGACAACAAAGGUGUGGAUACCAUUUUUUCUUUCAAAUGGAUAAAGUCCGAUAACGUAUGCGUGUCAGACAGUGCUGAAGUGCUUGUGUUUCUGCAAAAAAGAAACCACAAGAAGCAACCCACAGAGUAAUGUGGAGAAUGUAUAAGUGUGCCAGAAGGUAACAGCAUAAUGCUGUUGUCCUAAAAAGACCUAAUGAAAUCCAUAAUGUGAAAAGACUCAAUAUCUACUCGACAACAGCAGUUCCAAAAGUGCCAGAAGACAGCAUUAGUCCCCUCAAAUUACACUCCAUCAUUCUUCAGUUGCACUACAAGAGAAAUGUUCUGGCACAUACUAUUCAUGUACAGACUCAGAUUAAUUCUUUUCAAAAGGUAAUUGAUGAUCCUUGUAAACCAAGGUUGGAUUAAAUGUUCAAAUUGUAGUUGUUUAUGUGGAGGAGCUCUUAUUAUAUUAUCUCCUCUAAAAAUAAUGAAGAGAAGAAGGGUGCUCUUUUUCCCAUUUGGGAAGUCAAAAAAAUAUAUACAGAGAUGCAUCAGCAGCUAAAACUGUUCUUUCCAGUAUAGUUCCUGAAGCUUCGGUUUGUCCUAUAUUACAUUUGUACUGUAUUCGCAACAUGUUCCAUAUUGCCUUGGGUAUGUGAGUGUAACAGAUUGCUUCUGCACUAAGCCCCCCCCCCCCCCCGGAUUUGCUGUCCUUUGUUUAGAUAGCACCUUCACCAAAUUACUGCAUACCACUGUCUUCUGCAUUUGUCAUUUUUCAAGAUUUGAUUUAUGUGUGGUGUCAAUUUUUUGCAAUAAAAUCAAAUUGCAUUGCCA